GUCAGCCUUAGGAACUGGAAUUAUAUUAUGCGCGUUGCAAUGAUUGGGACCGGCUAUGUCGGUCUGGUAUCGGGAACAUGUUUUGCCGAUUUCGGUCACGUGGUGACCUGUAUUGAUAAAGACACUACAAAAAUUGAUGCCCUGAACAAUGGAAAGAUUCCGAUCUACGAACCGGGUCUUCAGGAACUUGUCGCAAAGAACGUUGACGAAGAACGGCUCUUUUUCACGACCGAUUCAUCGGACGCCAUAAGGACCGCCGAUGCCAUCUUCAUCGCAGUCGGAACCCCGACGCGGCGAGGAGACGGACACGCCGAUCUUUCCUACGUCUAUGCGGCCGCGGAGGAAAUAGCCGGACUUCUGGAAGGCUUCACAGUCAUCAUCACCAAAUCGACGGUUCCGGUCGGCACAGGUGACGAAGUCGAGGCGAUAAUCCAGAAAACCAAUCCUGAUGCCGAUUUCGCCGUGGUUUCAAAUCCGGAGUUCCUUCGUGAAGGGGCAGCCAUCAACGACUUCAAACGGCCUGACCGUGUUGUUGUCGGUACGGAGGACGACAAGGCUGUCGAAGUGAUGCAGGAACUCUAUCGUCCGCUGUAUCUCAACGAAACGCCGAUCAUCGUUACCAAGCGGCGGACCUCCGAACUCAUCAAGUACGCGGCCAACGCGUUUCUGGCAGUCAAGAUCACGUUCAUCAACGAAAUCGCGGAUCUUUGCGAAAACGUUGGUGCGAAUGUGCAGGAAGUGUCUCGCGGAAUUGGCCUGGACAACCGUAUCGGGUCCAAGUUCCUGCAUGCAGGACCGGGUUACGGCGGCUCAUGUUUUCCGAAAGACACACUCGCGCUUUCCAAGAUUGCCGCGGACGCCGGGUCUGAUCUCAAGAUCGUCGAUUCCGUGAUCGAGGUGAACACCGCUCGCAAGAAGAAGAUGGCAGACAAGGUCGUCGAUUUCCUGGGCGGUGACGUCAAUGGCAAGACAAUCGCGCUGCUGGGCCUCGCCUUCAAACCCAACACCGAUGACAUGCGCGAUGCUCCCAGCAUCGACAUCGUUGAGAAACUGCAAUCGUGUGGCGCCAAGAUCCGUGCCUACGAUCCUGCGAGCAUGGAAGAAGCCGGCAAGAUGAUGUCGGACGUCCUGUUUUGCGACGGACCCUAUCACGCCAUCGAAAAUGCGGAUGUGGUCGUGAUCUGCACGGAAUGGGACCAGUUCCGCGCACUUGAUCUGGAGCGGGUAAAAUCCCUGCUAAAGGCACCGAAGGUGGUCGACCUCAGGAACAUAUACAAACCCGACUACAUGCUUUCCCGCGGCUUUGAGUAUACAAGCGUCGGCCGCAGCUACUGA